ACAAACAGCUGAGAGAAGUAAACAGAUAAAAAAAAAAAAACUGGGAAGAACAGGACGGUGAGGAUUUUGCCUAGUACGACAACAUUUGUUGCAUUUUAAAUUUACAGUAUACAGAUUCACUUAUUUAAGGAGUAAACACCGAGAUGGAGGCUAAACAACAGGGUCUGCUGGAGACGAGGCCUCUUCAAGAAGUUGAUGAAGAUGCAGUCUUAGAUAUUGACCUUGGCAACACAGUUUCUGAAGAAGAACGAGAAAUGAUGCAGAUGGAGUUGGAAAAGCUUGAAGAAGAAAUUUUGACUUUGAAGCAAGUCUUGACUGCCAAAGAGAAGCAUCAUGCAGAGUUAAAAGUGAAACUUGGAAUUAGUCCAAUAAGUGAAUUUAAACAGAAUUUUAGUAAAAGCUGGCAUGAUAUGCAAACAUCCAUAGCGAACCAAGUCAACAUGGAUUCUGAAAACUGCAAAAUCAAGUUCCAUCACUACAUUUCUAAUAUAAAUAAUAAUGUUUUGUUCUGUUACUGUUUUUUAAUGCUGUCCUGGAGCAGCUAUAAUCUUCGUCACUCCAUGAGCAUGCCAACUAUGAGAAGUUCAACUAGUUUUAAAUCAUUUGAAGAAAAAGUUGAAAACACUGUAUCAACUUUAAAGUCCAAAGUGGGUGCAUCAAGUAACAGUGGCGGAAGUUUUGAAGACGUCCUGUCAUCAACGGCCAAUGCAAGUUCUCAGGACUUAUCUGGAUGUUCAAAACCAGCAGCAGGCGGUGAACCACAGUGUUAAUGAAUGAAACACUGCAAUGGUUAAAUGAGAAUUCAAAAAUUAUAUUGUGCAGUAGGAAAACGACCUUCACUGCUUGUUUUUUUCUGUGGACCAGCACACCUUCAUGUUGCUUACCGGUAUAUAAUUGUUAAAGGCACUGUGGAAGGAAAGCUUAGUGACAUGUAAUGGAUCAACCAAAGGUUAUACAUACAAGACAAAUAUCAAAUGGAAAUAUGUUGUAACGAGUAUGGGUUGUUUUUUUUUUUCAAUAAUUUUUUGGUUUCAGUAUACCACUAUGUGUCAUAUGUCAUAUCUUUUUUUUGCAAUAAGAUGACAUUUUAAACUAUAUUGUAUGUGCACUUGUAUACAGCGCAUAUAUUUUUCUGUAUUAUAAUAAAUACACCGUGAAGAAGACACUACUAAAUUCUGUGAAAACUCAAGAGUAAUCUAAAGGUAGGGUCAAAGUACAUAUACUGAUAUACUAAUAGAAAAGAUGAGCCUACAAGUAAAUAACCAUGCAAUAUUUACAACCAUAAUCAUACAUGUUUCAAUAAUCGGUGAUUUAUAAAUCCUUAAAUUUUGUCUAAAAUAUCAAAGACUACCAAUACAACUGAAAAACAAAGCUCAAGGUAACAGGGCUUGUGAGAAGAAAGUAAACCUAUGGCCCCUGUUCUGUCUUAGGUAUCCUAUAUAAUCAUAAGGCUUGUGCUAGAGUUUAUAACUAUUUUCUGAUCAUAAGAUAGUCUCAUGCUCUCUGUCAAAACCCGUUUUAACCAAGCAGUAGCAGUGUGGUCAAAAUAGCAUUGGCAGAAAGUGUCACAGCGAGAUAGUAAAAAGAAAAAAGGAGAAUGGGAGAAGGUCUGUAAUAGCUAGUAAUGAUGAUUUCCAAAGUUUUAUUUAAUAAAAUUAUUAACAUAUAACAUCUUAUUUGCAGUUCCAGUGAGGUACUCCAUAUUAAAAGUCUUCAGCCUGGAUUAAAAUGCUGGGGCUAAUGGGAUUCUAUUACAAUAGAGGAUCUAUGGUAGUGUUUUGGAGCUCUUUAGUUUAACGUUCUAGUUUCUGCAGUAGUCUUAUUUAUCUUUGGGGUUUUAUGAAGGCCUAAAUCUUGAGACGGCAGAGGAAAUACUUUGGGAGGCACACAUGAAUAGCUUAUAUUGUGGAGGACCUUGAAAUUGGCUCCAAACGUAACUGUAAGAGCCUUCAAAACAGGAAUUAUAUGUUUAUGCUUCUUAUUUGUAAUUUAAUUCUUACUUGAUUUUUUGGGCAGGAUUUUGUAUAAGUGAAAUACGGAAAGGGAAAGACUUAAUCAGCCUAUGAAUAAGUGUUGCUGUAGUUGUAUUAACUUUUCCAUGUAAUGCUUAGCUAAAUACCUGAAUCUUCCUACAUUUACUAGCCAAGAAGUGAGGUCUUGGAUUGUACAGCAAUAUGAGUACUAAAUGAUAGAUUAGUGUCAAAGUUAUCACCUAAAUUAUGUGAAGAUUAGGAAAAGCUAACAUCUAAGUGUCCCGGGUUAAACAUUUAGAAUAUCUUGUUACUGUGUGCUGAAUCUCCACUAGUAUAAUACUUUCUGCAUUUAAAGGCAAGUAGUUAUUACUCAACCAAUAUCUUAAUACACUGAAGCAAAUACUGCAAAUCGUUAUAUCUGAUGGAUGGGUGUGAGUGUAUUCUGUUCUGAAGUUAAAAUGAGUAUUGUUUUGUUUUGAAUGAUAUUCUUGAGGUAGCAUAAACAGCAUAAUCAUAACAAUCCUGUUACUGAGCCUUGAGAGACACCAUAUCUAUCUCCAGAUUGUAAUAAUGGAAUACUUGUAUCACUUUUUUUUGUACAUUCUGAGAAUAAUUUGUUAAGUAUGAACUAAACCUUCCAAUAUGAGUGGCUGAUAGCCUAACAUAAUGCUGAAACCUAUGUAAUGGAACUGUGAAAUGUCAAUCGUGACAAAAUCAGUGCUUAACUAUAACAGCAUAGCAGCUGUUGCAUUUCCUCUAUUGGAACAUUUUGGAAUUUUCUAAGCAUGAGUUACUGCAGUUUCUACCCUACUCAAAGACUGAACAUAUUAUUGUGUAAACAUUAUACAGACAGAAAUUGAUCAAAUUUGCCAAAAUGAUGAAGGUUUAAUAAAGCACACAUACAGAUAGACGACUAUGGCAUAGUUCAGUAUAUUUUAGAUAGAAAUAUUGUCAAGACUGGUAGUGAAUUCUGGGAAAGGAAGCAUAACAGCUUCAGAGAAUUAGGACCACAAUUUUACUGUUCUUCCAAAGAGCACAUAAAAAAAUAAAGUUUACAAACCAGUUAUUUUAUGUGCAUGUUCAGUCCUGGAAAUGACCUGCUGUUGCAGCUCAAAGGCUAAAAUCAUAACUUGUUUAUUUUGUUUUGCUAACUUUUGUUUAACUUCACCAUUCUUUGCAAAAAACAGUAAAUAUGUAUAUGUAGAAUCACCAACACACAAUAAUAUUUUAUUCUGAAAUUGUGUAAGCUACCACCAACUUAUUAUUUUGUAUUUAUUAUGCUAAAUAAAUUAUACACCAUAUAAAAGCUGAGCACAGAAUUUUGAUUUUUUUAAAUUUAGCUUUCAAAACUGUGGAUGUUCUUUCAAUGAUGAUUUUUCUUCAUACUGUAAUAAUAAUACUUACUGUAUCAUAACAUUCAAGCCCAGUUUAUCCAGUUCAGAGUCACUGUGGGGCAGUAUCCUGUCCUGGGAACACUGGACACAAAGCUGGAAACAGCCCUGGACGAGGUGCCAGACCAUCUUAGGGACACUUGCACACACACAGGACAAUUUGGACUUGCCACUUGACCUAACCUACAGUUUUUUGGCAGUGUGGGAAGAAAUCCAACAAUGAAACUGAAAACGUGAAAACUGUUAGUACAACAUUAGGGCAUAAGAUUUGAACCCAGGGAGCAUUACUGCAAUGUCCUAUUUUUUUUUUGGAAUGGAAUAGUAGCGCGGAUUCAUAUGUAAACUGUACUAGGUUUAUAUGCUUAUAGGAUCUUUAGUAUCAUGUCUUCAGAGCACAGUGAAAUACUUGUAUGUGUUAAUCAACUCAAUCAACACGUCACCACUCUGCAGGACCAUGAUUUGUGAGUAUAACUGCCUUACCUCGAAACUUUUGUCUUCCUUAGCUGAAAAUCUAUGAAUUACUGAUAAAACUACCCUUUAAAAAUAUUUUUGCCUUAAUAAAAAUAAUACGUUAAUGCACUGUUUUAAUUAUCUAAUAUUGCUUUUUCACUUGUUUCAUGUGUUUAGGCACUUGCAACUAAAUAAUAAACACACUUCCGCAAAAGAAGAUAAGGAAUGAGUAGUCAAAGUGUGACAAUUGACAAGUUUGAAAUGUGUACAUUUAAUAUGUUGCAUAAUUUUAAAGAGGAGAAAAUUCAUUAAACAAGCAGUAUGUAAAAUUAUAAAUUUAUUCAGGCAUAUAUUGUACUAGAAGGAAAUGAAGCAGCCUACAGCUAUUCUGAAUUUAAGAAGUAAUAAAAUACUUGUCCUACCUAUUGUUCUCUUUCCUAUUUGUCAUUGCCUGUCAACAGUAAUUACUCCUACAUAACUUAAGCCCAUUGCUCUCUUCUGGGCCAGCCAAAUUUCUGUUUUAGUUUCCGCUAGUUUU